CCUAUCACAUAAAUCAAUUUUUUUUUCCUUCAGCAGGGAGGGGUCUUUGGAGUUAGACCCAGAUGUGCCAGGACCAUCAUCAGCAACUUCUUAUUCUGCAGAACCUACAAGUACUGAUGCAUGGAAAGCAGUUAGAGAUCCACAGAAGGCUGUUGAGCUGUUUGUCAGACAACUGAAGCUAGUAGGAGUUAACCAGAGGACACUUGUUCUCACUCUGGAUGCGAUGGACACUGAUGAGGAGCGGGAUAUGUCUCUCAUAUCUUUUUAUAAGCACAAGCGUGAGAAAAUCCAGUGGGCAGCUCCUUUUCAUUGUCGCAUUCAAGGUGAUGCUGCAGUUGGUAGAGGCGUGACAAGACACAUCAUCUCGUCUGCCAUUGCCAAGCUGAAACAAGGCUUUAAAAUGAACUUCGGAAAUGCCGCAGUGACUGCAAUGUUUGAAGGGGAAACUGAUCACCUUGUACCAACUACUUCAGCAGUGCUUGUUGAAAGUGAGCUGUUUGUCAUGGCUGGUCGGCUGAUUGGCCACUCUUUAAUUAAUGGAGGUCCAACCUUGUCAGGCAUCAGCUUGGCAGUAGUGCAUGCCUUGACAAGUGGUUCAAAAGAGUUGGCAACAACAUACCUUUCCCUAGAGGACUGCCCAGAUAUUGACCACAGAGAUAUCAUUGGUUCUCUGCUGAAAGAAGAGAUGACUGAGGAAGAGACUUCAAGAUUGUCCAGUCUGUGUAUGGAGUGGUAUUUCCCUGUGCCAACCAAGGAGACAAACAAACUUCUCCUCUUACAGCAACUCCUCACCCAUGCUGCUAUCACCCGACUUAGUGCGCAAAUAAAGCACCUGAAAAGGGGACUUAAAGAAACGGGUGUCUGGCCACUAAUUACAUCCAGACUUGAUGUUGUUCCACUCCUCUUCCCUAGGGAAAGUGAAGUCGAAAUCACGCCCCAGAUGGUCCUGCAGUCAAUCAUUUGGCCGCAGGCGAAGCAAAGUGAUGACAGUGACGACAGCGAUGAUGACUUGGAAGCAGAAACUACGCAGGUGACAGGGUUUUUCCAUCAGUUUCUCGAAGAAGCAUCUUCAGACAAUCUGCGCCAGCUCAUGAGAUUUUGGGUUGGCUGGGAGGUUCCAUGCCAGGAACUGAAGCUUGAAGUAAUCCAGUCAACUGGACCAAACCACAUGCCCACUUCAUCCACCUGCAGUGAGCGUUUACGCCUUCCAAGCCAUUAUUCUACCUACCAGGCUCUGUAUGCUGACAUGAUGGUGUGUCUUAAAUCGGUUGAAACUGGCUUUGGUCUUGUUUGAGAACUUAAUGUACUGGUGAUUAAUUUGUUCAGUAAUUGCAUUUCAAUGUGGUAAUUAAGUAAAAAUACAAGGGAAAGUGAAGUCACUUUAUUAUUAUUUUACAAAUACUGUUCAUCAUUCACUGCAGUUGUGUUGUGUUCUUUGAAGUGACUACUAAGUACCUGAAAUGUUUGUCAAGCAUUCCUGUAAAUUUUAAAUGUUAGAGCAACUAUGUUCAGUUUCUGAGUCAGCACUGUUUGUUCAGGAAAUAUGAAACAGAAAUUAUUUUUAUGCAAUAUUUUAUUGAAUGUUCAUCUAUGCUUGAAGUAUUUGAAAAUAAAUGACAUGAGACAAACUUGACUUUCCAAUUCUUAUAAUGCAAGAACAUUAAGGUCCUACACAAAUGUACCUACUAGGUUCCUUUUGAG